AUGGCAACCGCAUCGAUUAGUUCCGUUGAUAACGUUAAUUGUCGUCGAUAUGAAGACAAGGUUGUGCUCAUCACGGCCGCAACAAAAGGGUAAUAAACUGGUGUUAGUUUGAUCUAAUCCCACCCCUCCAAGCUGAAAAUGCGAGCGAUUUUCGUAAAUAAUAACCAUAUUUCUAGGAUUGGCCUAGCAAUGUGCGAACGGUUCGCAGCGGAAGGAGCAAAAUUGGCGAUAAGUAGCCGGAAAUCUGAGCAUAUUGAGGAAGCCAAAAAUCAUCUGGUAAAGGAGUGUAAAUUCAAAGAAGAAGAUAUUUUGGCAAUCCCUUGCGACGUCGGGAACAGUAAAGAUCGGAAGAAAUUCGUUGAAGCUGCGGUUUCGAAGUUUGGCAGGAUCGAUGUGCUUGUUUCUCAUGCCGGCGUCAAUCCGAUUGUCGGAACGGUAACGGAGUAUACGAAGAAGCACUUUGACUUGAUGCUGCGUAUCAAUAUUAAAGCUUCUUUUGAGUUGACCAGACUGGUGGUACCAUAUAUGAAAAGAAAUGGGUAUAUUAAUUUUUUUAGCUGUAUUGUUUGCAUUGGCAUUCAAAUUGACCGCAAACCUCUUGCUUUUAGCGGUGGAUCCAUUGUAUUUACAUCGACGAUCUCAGCACAACGAAUGUCCCCAGGACUUGGCGUAUACGGCACAACCAAGGCACCUUUGCACUCGUUGACAUUGGCCUUGUCUCAAGAGCUGGCGCCCUUCAAAAUCCGCGUGAACACCGUCGCUCCGGGGAUCAUCUACACGGAUAUGAGCCGGGUUGUAAGUUGAUCAUUCAAUUUAUAAUCGUCAUUCUAUUACGUAGACACUUGAAACGAGUAUUCUGAUUUCUAAAAGUAAUUCUAGCUCUGGGACAAAAAUCACAAAUGGCACGAUCGCUCGGGGAACUCCGGAAAAGACGGUCAAAGUGUGUGGGGAACCUUUGGACAUCCUCAUCAAGUUGCGAGUGUCAUGGCCUACAUUUGUUCCGACGACGCUAGUUUUGUGACCGGCGAAGUUCACAGCGUUAAUGGUGGAAUUGAUUGUCGAUUGUGA